UUCAGUUUAUACAUCACGCAAACACCGUAAUACUAUAUUCCGGUCUCUUUUAAACCACAGGUCAAAAUUAUUCCAGCCGCGGACUAAUUCUCCACACCUUCCCCGCGUGGAUACGACAGUCGAGCGCCAAGCCAACACUCUCCUCAAAACGGCGACGUCCCAAUCCCGCACCGCAAUGCUACUGGGAGCGCGAAAAAUCCGAUGGCGUCUCCGCCGUCAACAUCUCAACCUCUCCUACACUCCAAGUAUCCAGCUCAACUUCCACUCCUUGUCCCAACCCAUGGUCGACGAAUCCGACGACUUCUUGCCGUGGCUAGAGCGGAAGGCCGGCGCCGAGAUUUCGUCGGCACUUUCAAUUGGGAAAUCGGCGUACGGAACGUCUCUGUUUGCUUCAAAGAGCAUAACAGCUGGAGAUUGCGUUUUGAAGGUUCCGUACAGCGUGCAACUAGCUCCGGAUAAUCUCGUUCCGGAACUGAAAGAUUUGUUGAGUGAUGGAGUUGGCGAUGCUGCAAAGCUUGCCACUGUCGUUUUGUUUGAGCAGAGAAUGGGCAACGAUUCCGGGUGGGCCCCUUACAUUUGCCGGCUUCCUCGCCCGGAGGAGAUGCAUUGCACGAUAUUUUGGAGUGACGAUGAGCUGGAGCUGAUUCGCCAAAGCUCUGUAUGUCAGGAAACAAUUAAUCAAAGAUCUCAAAUCAAAAAGGAAUUUUUGGUAAUUAGGACGGCUCUCAAGAACUUCCCUGAAAUGUCCAAAAGUAUCACCUUUAUGGAUUUCAUGCACGUAUAUGCUUUAGUUACUUCUCGAGCAUGGGGAAGCAUGAAGGGUUAUUCCCUGAUCCCAUUUGCUGAUUUUUUGAAUCAUGACGGCACUUCAGAAUCAAUAGUGUUGAGUGACAACAACAAACAUAUCUCAGAGGUCAUUGCUGACCGCAAUUAUCCUCCUGGUGAACAGGUACUGAUAAGAUACGGAAAAUUUUCAAAUGCUACCCUGCUUCUUGACUUUGGGUUUACACUUUCAUACAACGUCCACGACCAGGUCAAGAUCCAGGUCAAUAUACCUCACCAUGACGUCCUUUGUGAAAUGAAGUGGGAACUUUUGAAGAGACAUCACAGACCAAUCAGUAAUGAUGUCAAUGGUUUCGACUCUUCAAUGGAUUCUUUCACUAACAAGGAAGUUAGGUCUGCUAGUGGAAAAGGGAAAGGAAUUCCUCAGUCACUUCGUGCUUUUGCUCGUGUUCUAUGUUGCGCCUCUCCUCAAGAACUUAGUGACCUGGCCAAAGAAGCUGCAGAACAUGAUGGUCGAUUGGCUCGACGUCCUUUAACAAACAGCAUCAGAGAGAUUGAAGCACAUCAGAUGUUAUCAAAAUUAACCCAAUUAGCUGAGGAUUAUGAUGCAUCUAUCAAGUCUUUGGGACCUGUAAGUUCUCCAGUUACAUGCGAAAGACUUUCUAUCCGGAGGCAAAUGGCUCAGGAUCUCCUCAAUGGUGAACUUCAUAUCCUCAAAACUGCUUCUGCGUGGCUAAGAAACUACUGCGACACUUUGACUACAACAGACUGCCAUAGAUGAUGAUAUUGGUUUUGCAAUACCACCAAAGACUCGAGAGAGUCGUUCCCGAUCACCUGUAAGGAGAGAAAGGAGUUUGGAGAGAAGAUCAAGGAGUCCUCAUGACAGCCGAAGCCCUAAGCGUUGUAGGGCUUCACCUCCAGUAUUCAAUUGUGAUUCAAUGAGCUAGAUCUCAAUUCAGAUUGUGAUGUAAGGACUUUAACUUUAUCUUCAGUGUAUUAAAAUCCGAGCAGAUGUAAUAAUUUGUAAUAAGAUGUAAAGAAAUUUACUAAAAAUAGUUUUGUUAUUCAAAUUGAAAUUAAUUUACAGAAACCUUGACUGAAAGGUUUUAUUAGAUAGUAGCUUGAAAUGAAACUGAAUGCAUAGUAGUGAUAAUAUACAAUUCUCUAAA